UAAUAUCAUUGUUAUUCGUUAUCGCGUGGUGAUGCACUAUUGCACUGGUGCUUACGACCUGGGUCCCCGGCGCCCGUCCACUCGUUGUUAAACGUUAAAGUAUUAAAUUGUUGCAAUUUGCCAUGACAUCCGUUGUUCAACGUUCGUGAUCGUCUGUUCCGAGACAAAAAAACCGAAUCUGUUUAUGACGACAACGCCCGAUCUUUCAACCUGCAUUUUUUGCGUGCUUAACUCGCAGCGCUCAGUCGCGCACGACAGCAUCGUUUGUACCAUUCGUCCACCGCCGCCGCCGUCAACCAACUCGAUUUUCGGUCUGCGUAGUUUUUUGACGUAGAUCGAAAGAAAUUAUCUCUAAAAACCCGUCAAACAAUUCGGUACAAUUUUUCGCGUCGUGUUUUGCGUUUUCUUUUGUUUUCUCUUUUUUUUCUUUAUCACAAUCCUCGGUUUUUUACUGUUGCUGCUGCUCCUAUUAUCGUCGUAAACGCUGGGUAAUUUUACUUUGUAUUUCAUAUAACCAUACCGUUCCUCAUUAACAUAAUAAUUUCCACCGAUAGUUGAACGUUAAAUUUUUGCAAUGGAGAGUACUGCUGUCAACUUGAAAGAAGCGGACACCGUCGCUACUACUGAUGCUGCCGUCAUCGCUACCGAUGUGGCAAAUCCAGUGGUUGUGAGUGAUGCAAUUGUUCCACCAAUUAAGGUAGACAUGGAAAUGAUUAUGAAAACUGAUGAUGUUGAACAUGUGGUGGUCAGCAAACCAGCCAUUGUGACAAAUGAAACUGCAAUUACCAUUAAUGCCACUAGUAACAAUCCUGGAGUCGAAGAAGAUCAGUUAAAUUUAGCCAUGGCAUCUGCAAAAAUAUCGACUAAUGAGGUGGAUGAGAUUAAACACAGUCUAAGUGUAAAAGUUUUGGAUGAGCAACAGAAACUUGAGACAGCUACGGUUGAAAAGGAUUUUGUUAUCAAUGAAAAUUCUGAUAUGAAUCUAGAUAGCUCUAUAAAAACAAAGUCAGAGUCUGAUGAAAUAAAUAACUCAACUAUAGGUAGUGUAUUUGAAGAUGCAGUUGAAUAUAUUAUAAAUGAAGAAGACGAUAAUAUUGUAAAAGAACAGCCUCAAGAUAUUAUUCAAGAGGAAAAUGUUCCCGAUGAUGAAAGUAGUUCUCAACAAGAAGUAGAGGGAGGUGAUGGUGAUGAAAACUAUGGUGAAGAAACCAAAGAUCCUGCAGCCCCUGCAGAACCUGUAGUACCUGUGCCCGUGGAUGAUGAUACUAAUGAUCCACAGUACAUACCUAGGCGUGGACGAUUCUAUGAGCAUGAUGACCGCAUGGCAUAUAGUACAACAAGCUCUGAAGGAUCAGAAUCAGAUAAUGGAUAUGAAGAAGAUUCAGGAGAUGAUGAUGGGGUUUCUGAUCGUCGCCGCAUUAGAAGACGACAUACGGGCAUUAAAAAACAAAAAUCAGUGACUCCAGUAGAUACUGCUGAAAACACAGAUAUAGCAGUUGGGGAUGGAACACUAUCUACUAAAAAAGUCUUGGCCAUAUCUAAGGUUGCUGCUACAAUAAAAGACUCUGAAACUUCUGUAACUGCUGAUGGAUUGCCAAAAAAACUCAGUGUAGGUUCUAGGAAAUCUCGUGAUUUAGACGCUCUGGAUAAGUGGACACACGAUAUGUACGAUGAAAAUGAGCAGACACGUAAAAGCCGUGAUGAGUUACUGGCCUCUUACGGAUAUGACAUACGGGAAGAAUCAGAGGCGCCUCGAGCUCGACGUCACCAUAAAUAUGGGCGAGCUGCCACCACCAAAUAUACUCGUAGUUGGCAGGAUACGAAAGCUUACACUGGUGCUGCUGGCGGCCAACAGUCUAUGAAAGUUAAGCGUGGAGGUAUGGUUCGACGUAAUGUCGUUUGUCCGAAUAAGAAUAUCAACAAAUCUACAACUGAUGAGUACACCUCUGAAUUCCCAGCCUUGGAUGAUACGAAAAAAUCAGAGCCUACUGCUUCAAAUGAGUCUCCUACAGUUGCAGAAGUCUCAAAUCAGAAUCAAGAACAACAACCGAAAACACUUUCUGUUCAGAAUGAAGAAAAAAAAUCUGUGGAUUCAGUUGUGGAAACCACCAGCCAGGCUCGGCAUCACACUCCGUCAUCCCGAGCAACUUCAAAAUAUAGUACAAAUUCCCCUACAAAUCGUAGCAAUCGCCAGGAUCAGCAAAAUGGUGGUCCUUCUUCUUCAUCGUCAUCAACUAAUACUAAAAAUUAUUUCAACCGGUCUUCAACAGAGUCUCCAAGUGGCAAAGAGAAAGGCGCUCAAGUAAAUCGAGACUCUCCAACAGCUAACUCAAAUUUCUUUAACCGUAGACCACAACAAAACAGUGGUGGCCAUAUACAACAUCAUAAUAAUAAGCAUCAACACUACAACAAUAGUCAAAGCGGUCAAGGACAUAACCACCAGCACCAAAAUUCUUCGCCUUCAGUAUCUCGUGGCCGUAAUUUCCAUCAACAUCAAACUUCGCAACAAUAUAAUCGUGAUAGAUAUUUUUCUAAAGGAUCAACACCUUUAUCUUCAUCCAGUUCAAAUCAACACAACUACGAUCAGCAGCAUCAUUCUGCAGCACCUACUACUGCUGGCACUGGGCGUACACAACAUGGUGGUGGACACUAUCAAAACUACAGUAACCGUCAAUAUGAAAAUGAAAAUCAACAAAUUGAUCCACCUGCACCUCCAACGCCGGUUGUACGAAGCUCAAAACGAUACUCAGUUCAAAGUCGUAGGGAGCUUCCUGACCCAGUACUUAAUUUUGGCGGAAUAUCUAAGACACCUCAGCCACAGCCUCCGGCUCCUCAACAACAAAACGGGAUAGUUAUGCAAGACCAACAAAUGCAACCUGCGCCUCAACAAUUGCAACAGCAACAACCAAUCCAAAUUCAUCAACAACCACCUCCAUUGCAAUUACAACAGUAUCACCAACCUUUACAACAAAUACAUCAUGGGAUGGUGCUUGAUCAUAACACUGGUAUGAUGGUUAUGGCUGCUGCUGAUCCAUCUAUGUAUCAUCAUCAAAUGUAUGCUACACCCCAAUAUGCUUCUGGAGUUGCAACGGGCCCAGCAGCUGGAAGUGCUGAUGAUCAGAAUGCAGCAGCAGCAGCUGCUGCGGCUGCUCUUCAGAUGCUUGCAGCUCAGGCAGCUGUUUACCAACCAGUACCAACAGGUGCUACAGGUGUAACAUCACCACCAUCUGGAACACAAUCUUUGCAACAACCAGAAACCUUCAUGACCACUUACUAUCAACCACAGCAACAGCCACAACAACAACCUCCCCCAAGACGUGUCAAUCUGGCUAUACCCAUAGUAGCACCACCUCCAGAACCUAAUCAACAACAAGGGAAUUUGAAAACUAAUUUAUCCACUACACCACCUCCUACAACAGCUUCAAUCAAUUGAGAAUAGCUUAAAUAACUAACAUAACUUCAACACAAUAUUGAAACUUAUUCUUUUUUUAACAUUUCUUAGUUUUAUACCAUAAUUAUUUGGCUAAUAAUUGAUUAAACCAUUAUUUUAGAUAAUAGUUUCAAUUGAUUUGAGUUUAGUUUAUUAAUAUUCAACUAUUAUUAUUUUAUACUUCGUUCAAGAAACGAAUCCAAUUAUAAAAUGAAUUUUUAGAAUGCAUGACUACAAUACUACACUGUAAAAAUACUUAGGUAUCUAUUUCAUGUUAGUUAAAUAGUUACUUCAAUGUUUGUUUAUCUAUAUCAUUGUAUCAUUAUCAACAAUUAAUUAAAAUACCAGUACACCAUUAAA